AUGUCUUCCCAACAGAAAGCUCUUUUUCUUUCCAGAAAGCAGGGCAACUUUGAGCUUGGCUCCCGCAGCAUCCCCAGUCCGGAGACUGGGCAGCUUCUGGUCAAGAUUCAAUCUGCUGCUCUGAACCCAGUUGACUACAAGAUCAAGGACACAGGGACAAUCGUGACCGAUUACCCUGCCGUUCUUGGCAUAGAUAUUGCUGGCGUUGUCGAGGAAGUAGGGGAAGGUGUCGAGAAUUUCUGCAAAGGCGAUAGAGUAUUGGCACAUGGAAAAUUUACUGAUGACUUUGCUGCGUUUCAGCAGUAUGCCUUGACGGAUGUGCGCUUCACAGCAAAGAUUCCUCCAAGCCAAUCUUUCGAUAGCGCAGCUACUGUUCCUCUAGGGUUAGAUACUGCAGUGGUGGGGUUGUACGGAAAUGAUUUUGGAGCUGGGGUAACCCCUCCUUGGACGACAAGCGCCGGCGGUCACGAAUCAAAGAAACCCAUUGUCAUCCUUGGCGGUUCUUCCUCUGUGGGCUCAUAUGCUAUCCAACUUGCUCGUUUGUCAGGAUUUUGUCCUAUCAUCGCUACAGCCUCUUCGAGCAAUGAAGAACUUGUCAGGGACUACGGCGCAACCCACUUUUUCGAUCGCAACCUUUCCGGCAAACAGCUGAAGGCCGCCAUUAGCAAAGUUACUGAUAGCCCUAUCGGAAUUGUUUAUGACGCUAUCUCGUUGCCAGAAACACAGUCUGUUGCAUGGGAAUUGCUUGCGAACAAUGGCACUCUCGUAUUAACCCUUCCUGCAUCAGUCAAGGAGGAUGAAGGCAAGGGGCGCAAGGCCAUCCCGACCUUCGGGUACCCACACGCCCCCCAAAAUCAGAGCUGUGUGGCAGCUCCUGGGCUGUGGUCGAAAAGUGGCUUUCAGAGGGUACUAUACAGCCGAACAAGUAUGAAGUCCUCCCGAACGGGCUUGAAGGUAUUAUUGGAGGACUGGAAAGGCUGA